AUUUGCUUUUGUUUAUAUUCAUCGCAAAGAUUUUUCACUUAAAUAACUUAUAGAUUCUACGUAUUCUCAAUUUUUUACAUCUUAUUUAAUAGAGUAUUGUCAUGAAACUACUUGGAAAUACAAUUGUAUUCGCCAUUGUUGUUGGUAUGUUCGUGGGUAACCUAAAAUCAAAAAAUGAAUUAUAUCAAGCAAUUUCAUAUGGCAUCAUUUAUUUCUCACAAUAUACUUCCACUAUUCUGGAUUUGUAUUGGAAUUUGGGUAUCAAUAAAAAUUUUUUUCGUUUUGCAAGUUAUACAUCAGUACCAGAAGGUUGUUUUCUCGUACAGUUAUAGUAGGUCCCCGGACAUCACAUAUAUAACUCACAUUUGAGUUUUAGCAAAUUCAAUCAAAAUUAGGUUAAACUCAUAAUUUUAGAUAGAGCAAAUUGAUUGAAAAUUAAUUAAUAGUCAUAAUUAUGAGUUUUGGCAAAUUGUGUUAAUUUUACAAAGUCAUAUUUU